AUGAAUGAUCCCCUCCAGGUGCGGUAUCAAUAUUAUCAGCCAGGGGACCUCAUCAUUGGUGGGAUUACUUCCCAGCUCUUCUCCUUUUCUGAGGGUGCAGACUUUAAGACAUCCCCCAAACCGAAGUAUGAUGUUGAACCUGUUGUAAUGGUGAAAAAAUACCAGCAUGUCUUGUCCUUGGUAUUUGCUGUGAAAGAGAUCAAUGAGAACCACAAGAUCUUAUCCAACAUCACCUUGGGGUUCCAUAUUUAUGACAGUCACUUUGAUGCACAGAUAACUUACCACAACACCUUGAACCUUCUCUUUAAUCACAAGAGGAUUGUUCUCAACUACAAUUGUGAUUUGCAGAAGAACUUAGUUGCUGUCAUCGGGGGCCUUGACUCUGAAACCUCUCUCCAUAUAGCCACAAUCUUAAGCCUCUACAAGAUUCCACAGAAUGCCAUGAGUGAUCCUUACAACUUGCAAGUCACCUAUUGUUUAUAUGCGCCAGGAGUGAGUGAUGUAACUCAGCGCUCUUCCUUAUAUCGCAUGGUUCCCAAUGAAGAAUAUCAAUACACUGGAAUUAUCAAUCUGCUUCUUUAUUUUCAAUGGAAGUGGGUUGGGAUGCUGACUAUGGGCGAUGAUAAAGGAGAAAAAUUUGUCCAGACCAUGGACCGCAUGUUUUCCAAGAAUAGUAUCUGUAUAGCCUUCAUUGAAAGAAUGCCAAAACAGAGCAACAUUUUAGGAGUUAUUAACUUUUAUGACCUUUAUAUGGACAUAAUAGCUUCACUAAGGAAGACAAGUGUCAAUGUAUGUGUCGCAAGUGCUGAUCCACACAUGAUGUUAAUUUUGCAGGUAGUGCUCAAUCUAAUUGAAACAGAUAUUAUGAUGCCGAUAAACAAGGUGUGGGUUAUGACAGCUCAUUGGGAUUUUUCAAUGGAGCCAUUUUUCACCAAUCUGGAUGCAAAGAUUUUUCAUGGUGCCUUGUCUUUUGCAACUCACUCCACUGAGGUGCAGGGGUUCCAGAAUUUCCUUCGGGUCCAGAAUCCCUCUAGCUCUGAUGGAGAUGGAUUCAUCAGGGCCUUCUGGGAGCAAGCAUUCAGCUGCUUAUUUUCAGAUGCUGAUGUGGGUAAGGAGACCAGUGGAAGCUGCACUGGGAAGGAGAAACUGGAGAGUCUUCCUGGACCUACUUUUGAAAUGAGUAUGACCAGCCAAAGCUACAGCAUCUAUAAUGCUGUCUAUGCUGUUGCACAUAUGUUGAAUGCCUUGUAUUCAUCCAGAAACAAACAAAGAACAAUGUUGGAUGGAGACCAUCUGGAGACUUCCAAGCCAAAGCAAAUGAAGCUUCAUGCUUUUCUGAGGAGUGUCUCAUUCAACAACAGUGCUGGUGAUAAGGUGUCUUUUAAUGAGAAGGGUGAAUUGUUAGCUGGAUUUGAUAUUAUCAAUUGGGUUACUUUCCCAAACAAAUCCUUUUUAAAAGUGAAAGUAGGAAAAAUGGAUCCUCGAGAACUACUGGAUAGACAAAUCUCUAUUAAUAAAACAAUGACUACAUGGCACAGACAUUUUGGCCAGUCUGUGCCCCUUGCCUUGUGCAAUGACUACUGCUAUCCAGGUUCCAGCAGAAAAAGGAAAGAGGGAGAACCAUUUUGUUGCUAUGAUUGCGCUCCAUGUCCAGAAGGGAAGAUAUCAAAUGAAAGAGAUAUGGAUGAUUGUCUCAAAUGCCAAGGAGAUCAGUAUCCUAACAAGGAGAGAAACCAGUGCCUUCUCAAAGAUCUUAAUUUUCUGUCUUAUGAUGAACCUUUAGGCAUCAUCUUGGCUGUUUUGGCACUGGCUCUUUCUGCAACCACAUCAUUGGUGAUUGGAAUCUUCAUCAAGCACCGGAACACUCCCAUUGUCAAAGCCAACAACCGGAACCUCACCUACACUCUACUCAUCUCCCUCCUGCUCUGCUUCCUCUGCUCCUUGCUAUUCAUUGGCCGGCCCCAGUUACUGACUUGUCAUUUGCGACAAACUGCUUUUGGUAUCAUCUUCUCUGUGGCUGUUUCUUCUGUCUUGGCAAAAACUGUCACUGUGGUUCUGGCUUUCAUGGCCACUAAGCCAGGAUCUAACAUAAGGAAAUGGGUGGGGAAAAGAUUUUCAAAUACUAUUAUUCUUGGCUGCUCAUUUAUCCAGGCAAGUAUUUGCAUGGUCUGGUUAUGUACAGACCCUCCAUUUCCAUAUUUGGACAUGCACUCUCUGCCUGAAGAAAUUGUAGUUGAAUGCAAUGAAGGAUCAGCCAGUAUGUUCUACUAUGUUCUUGGUUACAUGGGAUUUCUGGCUCUCAUCAGCUUCAUUGUGGCUUUCUUUGCUCGGAAAUUGCCAGACACUUUUAAUGAAGCCAAAUUUAUCACUUUCAGCAUGUUGGUGUUUUGCAGUGUGUGGCUGUCUUUUGUUCCAACUUAUCUGAGCACCAAAGGGAAAUACAUGGUGGCUGUAGAGAUCUUCUCCAUCUUGGCCUCCAGUGCUGGGAUACUGGGUUGCAUAUUUUCCCCAAAAUGUUAUAUAAUUGUCUUGAGACCUGAAUUGAACAGUAAAGAGCAGCUAAAAAAGAAAAACAAGUAA